GUAGGAGGAGAUUUCUAAAAGCUGCCUGAGGCCAGAGGUCAUUUGGAAGCUGGAAGAAUUUUCUGUCGGCGUUUUCAUCUACUUCGAAGAUGGAGGGUGCUGGAAACAAGGAGUUGAGCAGUACAAGAGAGCCAAGAGAAGUGGACUGCCUGACGUCUGGUCAACCGAGCACAUCCUUUGCAAAGCCCCCUGCAAAGAAAAAAAAAACAAACAAGACAGCAAAAGAGGAUAAUUGUAAAUCAAAGAAGAAAGCAGGAGAUGCUGAGACUCCAAAACCCACUCCUAGGAAAAUACCAGUUCCUCCUCUACCAGAUUAUCUGCCCCCAGUGAACCUGAUUCACCGAGACAUUUUGCGGGAAUGGUGCAAGAAGCAGAAGCUGAGCAGCAAAGGCCAGAAAUUAGAGACUUACAAACGACUCCUUGAAAGUUCUUUCCCCAAACAAAUGCCUGAAUUAGAGAACAUUCCUGACACACCAAAAGAGGCCAGGGUGAAGACACGUCAGAAAAAAAUGAAGACGGAAAAGGAGGAGGGACAAGAGUCUUGUCCUCAGGUGAUAGUUCCUCUGGAAAUGGUCCCUGUGCCCGAGGAACAGAUGCCUGCCCUUACUGAGCCUCCUGUCCUAUAUGAAGAAGUCAGCACGACCGUUGUGACCACAACUGCCUCUGAGGCAGUGUUGGCGUCUUGGUCCAGAAUUGCAGCCAAUGCUAACAAGAUCGAGGCUCUGCAGUCCAUUACAACACCUGAGACCUAUGGGGAAUUGUGGUGUGUGGUCCACGGGAGAAGCCUUCCAGCAGACUCAACAGGUUGGGUUCGGCUGCAGUUCCACGCUGGACAAGCCUGGGUACCUGAGAAGAAGGGGAAAGUGAUUGCCCUCUUCCUGCUGCCAGCCUGCACCUUUCCACCCCCACACCUGGAGGACAACAUGCUGUGCCCCACGUGUGUUCACAAGAACAGGGUCCUAAAUAAGAGCCUCCAAGGAUAAAGGGAAUCUCAGGUGUGGGCUGUCAUUACCUUCUUCUUGGAGUGAGUUACGGAACUGCAGCCAAGACUGAGACUGAUGGAAAUUCACAUCUGUGCCCUUGAAAAUGCCCGGAUCAGCCAGAAGCCAUGAGGCCUUGUUUGUUAUUUGUUGCUGUAGUACUAGCAGCUUGGAAAAAGAGCCAAUGAAGCCACCGAAUCGCAGCAGGUCCACCUCUUCGUUGUGAGGACUGCAUACUCUUAAGUGACUAUGUCUUUUACUGUUGUGUGAAAAUAAGGUUUGGCUGGGGUGGGAAUUGGCAUCUCUAGAUAUAGUACUUGCUUGUACCACCACCGCCACAAAGGGGUCAUAGGCAGUUCUGUGGUCCCCUAUAAACAUUUAGCUUAUGAUUGUAGCGUCUGCAUGCCCCCUUUCCUGGGUUGUAGUAUGUUAGUGUGUAG